AAUAUAUCUCCGCCACUGCAGAAGAGACUUGUAAAUGACAUAGGUGGAAAAGGAACAUCCAAAGACUCGAGUAAUCGCUAUAUAAUCUUCACUUUAUUUUCAAGUGAAUCCCAGUACACGAUAAUUGUCUUCAGAUGCUGCAGAGCGAAAAUUUAAUUUUGUCCCGCGCGAGUCAAUCAUGGAUUUCGCUCUCUUAUUUCGAAUAACGUGCCUUAUUGGUUUCACGCUGCUGCACCAGACCGCAGGAGCGAAAAAGCCGAAAGAAGAUAGGAACCAAAUCCCCGAAGAAGAAGAGGACGACUUGACACGUGAGGAGCAGAACUACUCCAAUCAUUACACCGAUAAUCUCCCAGGAGCUCCAGAGCUCGAUUAUCCGAUUUUCACGUCCAUUCCUAGAACGGGAUUUUCUUGUGAAGGGAAAGUAGAUUGGCAAUAUUAUGCAGACAUUGAAACCGACUGUCAGGUAUUCCACGUCUGCCAGAGCCAACACUCCAAGACCUCCUUUUUGUGUCCGGAAGGAACUAUCUUCAAUCAGCGGCAUUCAGUCUGCGAUUGGUGGUACAAUGUAGAUUGCACAGACUCCAUCGACCUCUUCCUGAAUGAUUACAACGGUCAAGACCUUACAUUGCAAAACAUCGCGGGUCUUGGGGAAUUCGAUUUGAGCCUGGCGUCAUCAGGAGGUAAUAAGGGACCCAACGGCGACCUCGAAGCCGAGAAUAAGUUGCCAGAUGGCGGCGGCAAAGCCGGCAGCAAAACAAAAUCCAAAACGAAACUGAGAAACUAACACAGUGGCACUCCACCAUGCAAUUUCUUCAUGAAGUGUCCCACGUGAAAUUGGAUUUACUUUCCACAUGAAAGGAUGCCAUAUCGAAUAUCGGGGAGUUCGAGGUGGACUCAAAUGGUGGUGAAAUGUACUGAAAAAUGUCGAGUAUAUGCAUGUUUAUACUUUGUGUUCGAGUGUUCGAGCAGUUUUAACUUUUUUUAAUGAUUUUUGAGGUUUUAAGAGUGAGAACGAAUUUAUAUUUCCUGUCUCUUCUGUUCGUUUUGACAUAAAUAAAAGAGAUAAAUUGUA